AUGUCUUCGUCCGAGGAAGAAAUAGUCAUAAAACGACAAGUCGCUAAGAUAAAGCCGCGAACGAUUAAAACACAACCACGACACGCUGAAUUAACCCUAGCUGAUAAUAUACAAUCACAACAGGUAUUAGAUAAUACCGAUUUGCCUGAUUCGCCUAGCAAACCGAAAAAAACGAAAACUUGUGAUGAUGAGGACGGCUUCUUUACACGAUCUUCUUUCACUCGGAACGUGUUCACCAAAAAAACAAAACCCGUAAAAAUUCUCAAAGAAUUAGAAGAAAAUAAUUUUGAUGAUUUAUCAACACAUAAUGAAAAAGGUCCUCAACUUAAACGUUCAAGACAUAAGGGAAAAGCUUCAAA